AGGAACUUUUAGUCUGAUUAAAAUACUUUUAUUUCUAUACAGUUUCGUACUUUGACGAGAAUUCUCACUCUCUUAUUACUUCAUAUUCUACUCUUGAGCAAAGUAGUCUCUAUUAAGACUACAUUCUUUUUGCCAAAAGCUUGUCCAAUAACUAUAAUUUUAUUGUAAAGUUUACCAUUGAAUUCUUCUUGUAAAUAGGUAUCCAAACCAUAAACAGUUUGAUGAUAUUGGUAAUUCUAUUGUUAAAUAUCUUAAAUUACCUUUAACAAAACAAAAUAUCACCAUAUGGAAAGAUGCCUUGCAAACAAAAUUAAAACGUAAACGUUUUGAAUAUCGAAACAACACUGUUGUUCAAGAACACUUGCUAAAAGAUUCACGAUCAGGAUUUGGACGUCCAGUUAAACGAAAAAUUGGUGAAACAGCUGAACGUGAUCGAUACAAACAAGUAAAUUAG